AUGGGUCACGAUCUAUCGAAAUUUGUUGAUCCCAUCGUUGUAGUCAUCAAUGCUGUGGUUGAAAAAGAAUCCAACGAUACAAAAGGUCUUCCUUCUCGAAGGAUAACUACGAUAGCGCCGAAUUAUAACAGUGGGGAGCUGGAUUCUUCAUCGGAUGUUUCAACAUUAAUUUCCACGCUCUUGGAAGAUGCCGAAAGGAAACUCAAAUCCAAGGAUUAUACCGCUUACGUAUCUCUCCUACAACGAACGUCCAACCUCGGUUCCGCUUUUGCCGCAGCAAAAUUAGGAUCCUUAUACUUACACGGGUUGCAAGGUUCAUCCGCUUCCAAGGCAUCGUCAUUCAAGGACAUAAUAUUACCAAAUUAUGAACUAUCGGCACGGAAUUACUUUUUAGCACUGAAAUUAAUAAACUUAAUUAAUUAUACUCUCUGGGACAUGAACUUAAUAUUAGAAGUAUUUAUCGGCAUAACGGAAUUAUAUCGAUAUCAACUUGAUCGUGAAAGUGACUUUGAGUUAUGGGAUGAUGGGAUAACCAUAUUAAAACAAUUUGAUUCAACUUUGAAUGAAUCACAAUUUAUAAGGUUUCAAACCCACGAGAAUAAUCAAAUACGUAAAGCUUGUAGGGUUCACAUCUUGUUCAAUUUGGCCAACACCAAGGAAUUAGAUCGUGAUUUCGUUGACGCUUUGCGAAUUUAUCAAGAUUGUGAAAACAUUGGGUUAACAUCUGUUUCUUUUAGUGCAGAUAAAUUGAUUAAAAAAUCUCACACUAAAGUGAGAUUAUUACAAAAGAAUUUGGAGAAAGGAAUUCCAAACGUUUUACCAAUAUGUGUACAGUGUGAUUUUGAACCUAAAGGCACCAAGGAGAUUUGGAAAUUAUUAGUUUGUGCCAAAUGUCAGCGCGUUGCUUGUUGCAGUCGUCAAUGUUUACAACUUCAUAUAGCUAACGAUCAUUAG